CACCUGCUUCCGUCUUCCCGCCUAGCUGCCAUCUAUCGCCUGUACAGUCGCUGACAACUUCCGCUUACGAACGUCGCGUAUACCUGCUCCAGACGCGCUCAAGGACCCCGCGCCGAACCUCCGACCUUCUCAGUCGCAACAACAAACCAGAGAGACCUUGCCCGCGUGACAGCGACAGAACCUCUCCCAAGCGCCCAAGCAGCAGGCUCAUUCUAUUGUGUUUGCGACUUCAUAAACAACGUCGACGCUUUCAACAAGGCACCAGCAAUCUUGCGCCCAGUCUAGACUGCACCUCGAGGAUCACUGCCUGGACUAUGGCAAUGGACGCCAAAGAGAUUGAGCUCCGUGGCAAAGCCAUCGGAAAGGCCGUAGCGGAGGGCGAGCCAAGCGCUUCUGUGCUCAAGUUGCUCAACGACUUGAAGACGGGUGUGCAAGCGACCGAGGAUCUCUUGCGCUCAACCCGCAUUGGUGUCACCAUCAACCGUCUGCGAUCGCACAAGGACCCCGCUGUACAAAAGCUGGCGACAGAACUGGUAGCGAAGUGGAGGGACGAGGUCAAGAAGAAGCAGCCACCCAAGAAGGAUGGUCCAGCAAAAGCAGCCGCGAAUGGAGGCGCUGCAUCUUCACCAGCUCCUCCACCUUCAGGGACUGCGUCACCGGCCCCAAGCCUGGCCAAGAAGAAGCACGAUAUCGCCGCCGACAAGCGUAAUCACAAGACCGACAAGGUCAAAUACCAGGUCACUGGGGACGAGGCACGCGACAACUGCGUAAGGCUGAUGUACGAUGGCCUGGCCUUUAUGAGUGAAGCGAUGCCUGACGAGAUCCUCGGUGUCGCAAAGCAGGUCGAAGCCGCCGCCUACAGUAACGCCGGUAGCGUAAACAACGCCUACAAGGAAAAGAUGCGCUCUCUCUUCCAGAACCUCAAGAACAAAUCGAACCCUCAACUCCGCAAGCGCGUAUUCAGCGGCGACAUACCUGCGAAGCAGUUUGUCGUCAUGACACACGAUGAAAUGAAAUCGGAUGCGCGGAAAAAAGAGGACGAGGAGUUGGAGAAGCUCAACAUGAACCAAGCCAUGGUUGCACAGGUCGAAAAGGCCAUUUCCAAGGAGUUCCAGUGCGGAAAGUGCAAGCAGAAGAUGGUUAGCUACAGUCAAGCGCAGACUAGGUCCGCUGAUGAACCUAUGACAACCUUCUGCGAGUGCAUGAACUGUGGUAACCGGUGGAAGUUUUCAUAGACGGCGGUCGAUGGUGUUUACGCGUGGUGCAGAAUGCACGCGUGCGUGGUGUAUCAGUAUAGCGGGUUGCGGCAAACAUUGAGUAGCGGGCGUUUAUAAAGGUGGCAUCGAGGGCGUCGGUCCAUUGCGGAAGAGUGUCUGCGUUUUGACCUUCUAGUCUAAUCUGCGGACAAAAAAUUGCAGAUGCAAACUUCUCUUCUUUCGGCACUGAUGGAUAUGGUUACUUCAUCGAAUAUAAUUUGGACACAAUUCUUUCACAA